AUGGCCUCAAAUGGAGCAGCACCUGCUGGAGCCCAGGGCGGCGUGGUCGACCAGAAGGAUGUGCAAGACUGGAUGAACCGCUUCAACGAGGCCCUGGCCGACUCGACGACGAUCACUGCACCAGCUGCACCAGAUGCCCGUCCCUGGCACUCAUCCUUCUUCGGCUGCUUUGCCCCCAUUGACACGUGCUUCAUCACUUGUUGCGUGCCGUGCGUCACCUUUGGCAAGACCCAUCACCGCAGCCGCAAGCAUGGCAACAUGGAGGGAUACAACUUUGUCAACGCUUCUUGCCUCAUGUUCACCGGCUUCUCCUGCUUCGGCCUGCACUUCAUCCCCAUGAUGUUCCAGCGCGCCGACAUCCGCAAGAAAUACAACCUGCAGGGCGACUGCAUUGGUGACCUGUUCACCUCGUGCUGCUGCGCCUGCUGUUCGCUCAUCCAGCAGGACAAGGAGGCCGAGCUGCGAGAGAAAGAGCUGGCCGACAAGGUCAAUGGGACCGGGUACAUGAAGCCCCAAGACAUGGCGUAUCCUGCUUAA